AUGCAAAUUUUCAGCCAAAGACGCAUAGUGCGAAUCGAUUCGCGAUAUCUCGCGACGAAAAUGCUUUCGAGCGUCUGCGCGCUCCCGCAAUGCCGUGCUCUCUUGUCGACAGCGGCGCUGCCCGCGUGGUUUUCGCAUCGCUGCCUGCCUGCCUUCGCUCCUUCGUUACGAUUCAACGCUGCGAUCGGCUGCACCAUCAAGAAAGCCGCUUCGCAGCCGACGUUCCGUUGCGGUUUCCAAAGCGAUUCGGUUGCGUUGCGAGAAUGCGAGAUUUUGGUUGCAGAGCACCAUGAGGAAGAAUAUCGGCUAACCAGCUUGACAAAAGUGAUCACAAAUCGGAAUGAGGAUAGCGACCAUAUAGAAGGUGCAAAUCAAUUGGAUGACGAUGUUCUUGAGGACGAUUUUGUUGAUGGGCCUGAAGAUGCUGCGCAUAAUGAAGAAACAAUUAUUCGGCUAAUCAAUCUCGUCAAAGAGAAUCCGAUUUUGUACGAUAUGAACUAUGAACCGACGCUGACGAAAAAUAUGCUCAAACGUCAGAAGAUUGAAGUGUGGAAUCGGUUGUCGACGCACGACAUCUUCUGGCGAGGCGACAUGACGCCGAUACAGGCGGUGUGGACGGACAUCCUCGAGCAAUUCACGCGGCGACUUCGCAAUCCGGAUUCGGUGAAACGCGAAAAACCGGACGAAGUUCUGUCGGAUCGAAUAAUGAGCGAGAUGCGAUGGAUUGAGCCGUUUUUGAAUAUUAUCGAGCCGCAACGGAAAACGGAAGUUGUGAAUUCGAAUGAUAAUAUUGACAAGGACGUGUUCUACAACGACAUGUCGCAGAAUAUCAGCGAAGACGUGAUGAUAUCUGGUUGCCGUCCCGUCGUCAGCCAUUCCGGAGCCGGCUAUGUUGUCGUUCAACCGUCAGGCAUCCCUCGCCAACGCGCGCAAUCCAAUGUGCAAAUGCCGCAGGUCUCGGCGCAUCAACCACCACCCCAACGCACGUAUACGGUUCAUACGGGAUCUUCGACGCAGCCGGUUCGACGACUUGUGAUCAGCUCGACGCAACCGAUCCAAUAUAUUCCUCGUGUAAAAGAGCAACCUCGUUCGAUUCAAGAAGGCCAAGUGUUGCAGUCGAUCAAGAAGGAUGAGAAUGGGACGACCAACACGGGUCCAAUGACGAUGAUGGUUGAUACAACGACGUAUUAUCAAAAUGGGAAUGGCCAGAAAAUGUAUCGGCUGUUUACAGUACCUCCGGGAACCAGUAAUCAGACCCAGAAUGUGGUUGCACAACAGUCGAAUAGAAAUAUUCAUUACGACGAUUUGCCGCCGGAGCCACUUAUUGAGGGAUCGCCGACACCUGAGCAGCAGCAGCCGCCGAGAAAGAAGAUGAGAGGCUCGUCGAUGAGCAGUGCGAGCUCAUCGCAUUCAAUGAGUCAGAAUCGAAUAGAUGAUAACAAUACGAUAGUUGCCGGCGGUGUUCCGAUUGCUGAUGAUGAAAUAAUUGACGAUGGGAUCCGAGAAAACACUAUUGUAAUUGAUCCUGAUGGACAUUUACAUGAAGAAUCCCCGUUGCUCAGCACAUCGCCGGACGUGAUGAUAAGCGGGCAAUCGGCGAGAUCGAGUCAGCAGACGAAUGAUCGGAUUGCGACAACGCAAAGUAUACCGUCGACGUCGGCGACGAGCAUACAUCAAGGGAUUGGAGAUCGUCGUGGGAUUCCUGGCGAUGAAGACAUAUCGGAAGUUGUUGUUGAAGGUGGAUCAGAAGAUUUCCAGCCGCAUCAGACGCAAUAUGAUGCGGACCUUGCAUUUCAGCAACUAAUUAGCCAACAUUUAAGCAGGCUGAAUGAUGAUGAUAAAGCUCUCAUGAAAUUUAAUAUGCAAAGGAUUUUAUUAGAUGCCCGGUUUGGUGAUGGAACCGCGAAGCAGUUAAUGGUGGAAGAAGAUAUUCUUGAAUCCGGCCAAGACGUACACGACGAUGUUCUUGAAGAAGACGAUUCGACAACGAAUCCUCCCUGA